ACACACACACACACACACCACAGGGUUAGUCAUGUCGAGGUUAUCUUAACCCCCUUGUCACACAGCAAGUAGGGCCCGACAGUUACACACCACAGGGCAGAUAGGGCCUGAAAACCACAAACCUGGAAGGUACGCAUUAGAAGCAUGGAUUUAAAAAGCCUUUUUGUGGUAGCCCAGUUUAUAAAGGCAAGAUGUGCCCAUGGCAUGACAGCAGGAAAGGCCAAAAAGGAUAAGAAUUAUGUUUUCUAUGAGGUGGAGAUUCAGGAUUCCAAGAAGUUGAAGCUUUGCUACUUGGACAAGGUGGAACCUAAUGCCACUAUUGGAGAGAUCAAGUGUCUAUUAUAUAAGAUCUAUCCUAAAUGGUACCCAGCCAGACAGGCUUUGUCACUUCACCCAGAUGGGGAGUCCCUGAAGGAUGAUGAGGUAUUGGAGAAUCUACCGGUGGGAACCACGGUAACAAUGUUCUUCCACGACCUGGGACCGCAGCUGGGGUGGACCAUGGUGUUUCUGGCGGAGUGCAUCGGACCUCUCUUCAUCUACCUUUUCUUCUACCUCCAUCUCCUCAACAUCUACGAGCAGAAAGAUGACUAUACCUCCAAUCCCUGCUCAGUGGUCACGCUGGCGUGUGUGUGUCACUGUUUCCACUACUUCAGAAGGCUGUUGGAAACCGUCUUCAUUCAUCGCUUCUCAGACGGCACCUUGCCACUGCAAAUCAUCAUGAGGAACUGCCUGUACUACUGGGGAUUUUCUGCUUGGUUAGCCUACUACAUCAACCACCCCCUCUACACUCCACCAUCGUAUGGGAAUCUCCAAAUCUACUCUGCGUUGGUGCUGUUUAUGCUCUGUGAAGCUGGAAACUUCUCAAUUCAUUUGGCUCUCAAUAACUUGGGCUGUAAUGGUCUGAGGCCCAAGCGGAUCCCUUACCCCACCAGGAACCCCUUCACAUGGCUCUUCUUCUUCGUGUCAUGUCCCAACUACACCUAUGAGGUGGGGACGUGGUUGAGUUUCUCCAUCAUGACACAGUGUGUUCCAGUGGCUCUGUUCACGUUGCUGGGCUUCAUCCAGAUGACUAUCUGGGCACGGGGAAAACAUAAGAUGUACACCAGAGAGUUUACAGACUACCCUGAACUAAGAUCAGCUAUCAUCCCUUUGUUCCUUUGAGCCAGCCAGGAUUAACAACAAGAGCCUAAUCCUUAAUUAUACCCCUAUUCCUUAAUUAUACCCCUGUUCCUUAAUUAUACCCCUGUUCCUUAAUUAUACCCCUGUUCCUUAAUUAUACCCCUGUUCUUUAAUUAUACCCCUGUUCCUUAAUUAUACCCCUGUUCCUUAAUUAUACCCCUGUUCCUUAAUUAUACCCCUGUUCCUUAAUUAUACCCCUGUUCCUUAAUUUAUACCCCUGUUCCUUAAUAAGGGUUGCAAAACAUUCUGGUAACUUGUCACCAAAUCCCCAGUUUAUCCCAGAAAUCCCAGUUCUAAAUUCCACGUAAUCAGAAGGAAAUAAGCAAGGAAAUCUGUAAUCGUCCACCCAGGAUUUCUGGAACACCUGGGAAUUUUGGGUAAAUUACCAAAAUUGUGCGCAAACCUAUUCGCUAUACUUUUGGCCAGAGCCACAUAGGCCUCUUGCCAAAUGUAGUGUACUACAUAGGGAAUAGAAUGUUAUUUUAGACAGACCCAUUGCAUACUCUACUACAGUUAGAGAAAGCAGUGUACUGGACACUGUGGUAAUAGUGCACCUGUAGGGGAUAUGAUGUGGCUCUGACCAAAAGGAGUGACACUAUAUGGGGGGGACAACAGAUACCCAGUCAAUAAGCGAGCUGUAUAUAAAUGAACUUUGUGACAGCCUCUCGGUCAGAAUAGGGUUACAAGGCCUCACUCAGGCCUGUGACUUAACCUCAUCACUCAACUCUACACUAAAAGUGUACAUUUGUAGUAAGGUUAUGGGUUUACACAGAUAGAUAGAUAAUAGAUUGGUUUGAUUCCCUUUAGUCGUAGAGAAUUUAUACAUAUUUUUUUAUUCACCAUAAUCAUUGUUGCAGCACAGUUCAUGUGAGUGACAAUGUGUAUACGUUAUAGUAGUGCACUUGAAGUCUAGUGCACUUGAAGUCUAGUGCACUUGAAGUCUAGUGCACUUGAAGUCCAGUCUAGUGCACUUGUUCCCCUGUUGAAGGACGGACGGCCCUGUUCAGUCAAAUCAGAUAUGAAGUAACCAUAACUUUUAAUUUGUGUGAUAUUAAUAGUAUUUUUUAAAUCUUAUUUGUUUACGUUGUUAGUUUUACAGUGGAACUGCUCUAUUUGUUUUGUUCACAGUAACUUUGUGUUAUUAUUGAACCCAUUUGGAUUUAACAGGGUCAGUGUUUUGCUGUUAAAGCAGGGCAUCAGUUGAAGUUGAUACACAUAUCUAUUCUCAUCCAUAAUACUAGCUAUGACAGGGAUGGGCAACUGGCAGCUCGCGAGGGGCCCCUUAUGAAGGCCCU